UUAUGACGUCAUAAAUAAAUGUCCUUAGCGAUCGGUUUGGGAAAGGUAUUAGCCUGAAUAACUCGGGUUCGUUUCCGUGCUAAAAAUGUUUGCAUAGCGCCGCGGUUGGUUACCGGCAGGGUUAAGGUGGGGACCCAGGUCUUGGCGAAGUCAUGGCGACGGCAGAAGAAAACUGCUACGGUCCAACCGCCGAAACUGAUGAUGAAAUCCUUUUAGCGGAACUCGACAAACUCAAGAACGAAGUGGAACGAAUAAAACCGAGUAGUAAGCUUUUGGGGCAGACCGAAGAAGGUGCCCGGAAGCUCACAUACCGCGCUGUUCUGGCUCAAAGAGGGUUCCUCGUGAAGAAAACACUCGGUUCCGGUAGUUACUCCACAGUCAAACUGGCUUUUAGUCUACAUCGUCAGGAAAAGCGUGUAGCCGUGAAAGUUCUGAAUCAGAAAGUCGCCCCUAAAGACUACUUAUUGAGGUUUUUACCGAAGGAGAAAACAGUAUGGCCUCGACUGGAUCAUCCGCACAUCAUUAAGAUUUAUGAGAUGUUUGAGGACACCUCCCGUACAUAUUUCAUCCUGGAAUACGCUGCACGUGGAGACUUGUUACGCUAUGUUCAGAAGUAUGGCCCCCUGCAUGAAGUGUUAGCCCGUCAUUGGUUUGAACAAGCUUGUUCAGCUGUGGAGUAUCUACAUUCGAAAGCCAUUGCACAUCGGGAUCUUAAGCUUGAGAACAUACUGCUGGACUCCAACUACAGCGUUAAAAUCGGUGACCUCGGGUUUGUGAAGGACAACCUUGGUCCAAACCACCUAAGCAAAACAUUUUGUGGAUCUAAGUCUUACGUUGCCCCCGAGAUACUUAAAGGGCGGCCGUACGACCCCCGCAAAUCGGACGUUUGGGCUAUGGGCGCAGUCCUCUUCAUUAUGGUUACUGGGACAAUGCCAUUUGACGAAGCACGCGGAAACAAGGCCAUGCUAGCGGAGCACAAGAAGAUGGAGUUCUGCUGGAAAGGUGCAACCGAAAAAUGUCAGGAUCUUAUCUUAUUUCUCUUUACGUACAUGUUUGAAGAUCGGCCGUCAAUAUCUGAGGUGAAGUAUCAGCCGUGGAUGACAAUAUCAGAUGCGGAACUUGAGGAGACAGCACCGAAACCGAAGCGGAAAAAGGACAGUGUGGAACCCCCCGUAGAGACUUCCGGCUGACAUCCAAUAUUACCGUGGAACAAUAUCUUCCAGCAUAAUGUUGUAAAUGCAAUAGUUUAUGUUUUAUUCUGGAUAUCAGUGUUCUAUAUAAUGGAUAAGUUUAAUUUAUAAAACGUAUCAUACCUAUAUAUGUACAUCAUACUUUAAGAAUUGAUCCCGGACUGUCUAUGUAUGAAGAACGUUCUGUUUUAAUCUGGUCAUUUAUUGAUAUUAAACUUGAUUGAUUUUUACUUUUUUUUUUUUUUUAAUUUUUAAUUCUUCAUUCAAAUGUAUCACAGUUUAAAGAAUUAUUCACACUGGCCACAGGUACAUUACACAUUAUUAGGCAAUAUCCGGGUUACAUAGCGGUCAUACUCUGCCAUUGCCCUUAAGUUAAUAACGUGUUAGCGUACCAAAAUGUUUAAUCGAUAGAUCUGUACGUUUAAUCUUUGUCUUCUCGCCAAUCCUUCAAUGCGUCAGCAACACUCGUUCAUAACUGGCCAAGAUAUAUAAUACCUUAUAAUUCCUUUCAUAUCAAUUUUAAUUAGAUAUACAAAGUUCUUUCAUGUAGUCCCUAUAUAUAUACAUGUAUGUAAAUUAUUGCGGCAUUUGCACUGAUAUAUGUACUGAUAUUUGUACUGAUAAUUGUACUGAUAUUUAUCCUGAUAUUUGUACUCAUAUUUGCACUGAUAUAUUUGCACUGGUAUCUGCACUGAUAUAUGUGUACUGAUAUUUGUCCUGGUAUAUUUGCACUGGUAUUUGUACUGAUAUAUAUGUACUGAUAUUUUUCCUGAUAUUUGUAUUCAUAUUUGUACUGAUAUUUGUCCUGAUAUUUAUAUUCAUAUUUGUACUGAUAUUUGUACUCACAUUUAUCCUGAUAUUUGUAUUCAUAUUUGUACUGAUAUUUGCACUGAUAAAUUUGUACUGAUAUUGGUACUG